AGAUGAGAGUGAAAAUGAUGCCAACAUUGUUUUCAAGUGUCCCAACCAACGAAGAAUUCGAGAACUGCAGUCAACCUUGGGGCAACUGCUCCGAAUCGGUACCCUGGAGGGCUCUGCAUGGACAGAGAAAACCCCGAAGACGCCGCGUUGUCUGGUAUUCCCGGACGAGCGAUCCGAAAACGAAGACGAAAACCCAUCCCUCAAUGAAUCAUCGUGCAAUAAUCCGCUUAUUGUAGUGGAAAAGAUCAUGAGCGAAUCCGAUUCUUUUCGUGUUGCAACUUCUCUUCACCUUAAGCUCCAAAGCGAAAGUCCUCAAGAUGAUGUUAUUCGUUAUGUGAAAGAAGAUCUUACAUGUUAUAUAAAGGAAAUUAAACGAGGAUAG